UUGUCAUCCCAUGACCCAGUUAAAAGAUGGACUCGGGUCAACCCGACAACCCGCCCCAUGAAAUGAACGACGAAUCACUCUAACCAGCUCCUUCUCUCUCGCAAUCCCAAAUUCCUCUCAGAUUCCACUUUCACCCUACCAAAUCUCUCUUUGCUUUGCCAUUUUUACACUUUUCAGUUUUCCGAUUACAAUCAAAAUUCGAUGGUGGAAUUAAACAUGGAGGAGAUGUCUCUGCCUGCUCUUUACGAGAAGUCUCGAAAAAUUCACCAGGCGGCAUCCGAUUCUUCGGUUGAUCAGGAUACUCUGAAGAAAGGUUGCGAAUUGUUGAACAAGUGCGAGGAGAUGAUCGCGAAAUUAGGGUUGUUUUCGGUUAACGAGUCCAAGGAUGAUAUCAGCACGAAUAAUCUCAAAUAUAUUCUCGUACUGUAUUAUCUUGGUGAACUAACAGAAAAAAUUGCUGAAGGGGACAGGAUUCAAGUCCUUAAAUCUUCGCAGGCCAAGUUAAAGGAAUUUAUCUCAUUCUGUGAGGUGAUGGAGCUUGUACCAGCAGACGAACUGGAAUCAUCAGCCCAAGCUAUGGGAAAUGCAUCUACUGAUCGGAGAGCUAAGAAGAUUGCACGGUUCAAACGCCAAAAAGCUGCUGAAUCAAAAUUACUUGAAAUAAGGGAGCGGAAGGAACGCCGUGGACGUUCAACAAGAGCAUCUGCAUUAUCUACCCCUGUUGAGGUAGGGGAAGAUGAUAUGGAGGACGAUGAUGGAGAAGAGGAAAGGGAGGCGUGGCUCAUCACCAUCUCCUUGGCACUUUGCAAGUCAUUUGAUCUGCUGGAAAUGCUGAAGAAAGAGGAAGAAAUGCUCUCUGCUAUAAGGGAAAGACAGUCACAGGAAGGAGAUAACGAACUUUCACAGUCUAUACUCGACGAGCGUGCCAAGAAAGCAGAAGCUUGGCAUCGUGACGCUGCUACAAGGGCUCGAUAUACAAAACCCACAGUUCCAAUCACAUGUGCUACUUUUGCUCAAGACGUUUUAGAGGGUAGAGCGGACGUUUCCCAGUUUCACGACCACAAGCACCAGCCAAUGCUAUUCGGACCAGCCAGCCUCGUAGGUAAAAACCCAACAAGCGAGAGGGAGAGAAUAGCAGCUCAAGUUUUCCAGCCUUACCACAGAUUACCAACAAUGAGCAUAGAGGAAGCUGGAUUAAAGGAGAUGGAGAUUAUGAACACAUGGCAAGAGAGCACUAAGAAGCUAAUGGAAGAAGCUAACUCAUCAUGGUAUAACGAUAACAAACCACCUAGACCAGACGAGGAGGAAGAUGAAGAUGAUGACGCUGCCCAAGAUAAGGCAAGGGCAUGGGAUGACUGGAAAGACGAUAAUCCUCGCGGUGCGGGUAAUAAGAAGCUCACUCCUUGCGGCUAAUUCGAGAAAUAUGCAAUAAUAAUAUACUACAAGUUAUUUAAGUUUCCUAUAUGAUUAUUAACAUUUUAAUUGCAAUUUUGUUCAAUUGUUAAGAGUCUUGCUGUAUGUUGACUGUAGCUGAUGAUAAUACUGGGAAUGUAAGGAUUACAUUUGAAUGUCGUACAGGCCAAACCCAUUAAUAAUGUAUUCGCAAGUUCUCGUAA